UUGAAAGUUACCGGCCCAAUAAAAAAGUGUGUUCUAUUUUUUUCCCUUUCAAUAUUCAGCUACGCACAAACCGACAAAAGUGAUCUCCGGUAAAUCAAUGGGGAUAAUAGACUCCUUCAACCGGUCUAUUCUUCCUCCUCCUACAAGAUUUUAAUUUUUAAGUCAGACACGAUUCGUUUUCCGUCUACAAUUUCCGGUUACCGUCUCCGACAGUCUUCCAAUUGUUACUUCAAUUAUUGCAGUUUGUAGGCAACUAUGGCAAAAGUUAUACAAAAGUUCUUGGUAACAUCUAUGUUGAUGUGGAUGGUUCCCAUUGGAAUUUUGUACGCCUUCAACAAUAAUUUGCUUCCUGGUUUUACUGAUAUGUCUCCGCAUUCUUUGACACUUGUAAGUGGGUUUAUUGCUGUUAUAUCUGUCAAUAUCGUAAUUGCAUUCUACAUAUAUUUGGCAAUGAAAGAACCUUCUGAAAAACACGAGCCAGAUCCUAAGUUUGUCUCAGAAGCUGAGGCCAGUGUCAAACGCUUGGUAUCAAAUGAAACACAGGAAACUUUAUCAACAAACAAAAAAGAAGAGUAAUAGCUGAUUGAUUUGGUGAGUUUUCAGACGAUUGAUUUUGCACGGGCCCUAUCGUUCUAAACCUAUAAAUGCAGUAUUGUAAAUUCUUAUGUUCAUUGUAUGUCUUUAUGAAAGGUACAUACUUGGUAAUUUUCUGUUGAAUUUCUAUCUUUGACCAUCUCAAACAGUUCAGUGAUUAGGAGCCUUUAUCCUAUUUGUCAUUCUAUUGUUCUUAAAAAGAUAAA